AUGCUGUUAAAAUUUUUCGACCCAAAAACUCUUUAUAAAGUAGCUCAUAGUGGUUGUUAUGGUGUUGGUGGUAGUGGCGGCGCUUGGAUAAAUUCACGGAGCCUUUUGUUCGCACGUUAUUCGACAUUCAACUCGUUUUCUAGUUCUAUUGGAAGUGAGCCAACACCAAGCCCUAGUAACUCUUAUGCUCAACCAAGGCAACGAGUACUUGAACAAAGUCAAGCACAGCCACCCUCACAACAACCGUCACCUUCAACACGUGCCAAUAUUUUACCACAAGAAAGCAACACUUUUACUGGUACACCUCAUAGAGGAAACCCUAUUCUUCCAAGACCUGUUCCUUAUAGUUCUCCGCCUCCAGGACAGAAUAUUUUUUUUCAAAAUAAUAGAAGUAUAGGCGGCGGUGCAUUACCAUUUGUUCCAGAACGCAGUAAUAUGCAAAAGCCUAUCCCACAGCAACCACCUCCACCACGUCAAAAAUAUGGCCAAGAGCCAUCAUUGCCAUCCAUCAACUUUCAAAAUAACCCACGAAUAUAUCCUAACAAUGUAAAUUAUAGGGGACAUAAUCCAAACCAGAUGUCGCCGCCUCCUACCAACAACGGUGGACCUACCAAUUCUUACAAUGCAAAUUAUAGGGGAAGUAAUCCAAACCAGAUGCCGCCACCGCGAUAUAACAUGCCAUCAAAUCCUGGCCCAGUGCUAAUGUCAAUGCCAACUUCAGAAUCAAAUCCAGGUCAAAUGCCGCGAUAUAACAAUAACAUGAUGUUAAUGCCAAUUUCCGCAUCAAAUCCAGGGCAACAAUUUGACUAUAUACCACUAAAUCUUGGUCAAAUGCCGCGAUAUACCAAUAACAUACAAACCCCAAUGCCAAUGCAAAUUUCCGAAUCAAAUACAGGACAACGAUUUGACAAUAUUCCACAAAGUCCUGGUCAAAUGCCGCGAUAUAACAACAUGUUAUCAAAUCCCGGCUCAAUGUCAAUGCCAAGAUAUAACAAUAUGUCAAUACCAAUACCACGAUAUAACAAUAUGCCGCAGUAUCCAUUGAGACCAAGAUUCCGAGCUUGGACUAAUGACGAAAUUGAUAGAUUGCGCAAAGGUGUUGAGAAAUACGGUAAAAAUUUCGAAUUGAUUUCCUUAGAGUGGUUCCAUCGCAUAAGGUCUGCAAGAGCAUGCCAGAUGAAACACGACUCUAUACAAGAUAGUAUCCAUAAGCUGUGGACUAGUGACGAAGUUGAUAGACUGCGCAAAGGUGUUGAGAAAUACGGUAAAAAUUUCGAAUUGAUCUCCUUAGAGUGGUUCCAUGGCAUAAGGUCUGCAAAAGCAUGCCAGAUGAAACACAACAAAAUACAAAAUGGUGUCACUGCGAUAAAGAAACAUCUACAAGAUAGAACCACUUCGACAUCAAAAGAAAAUUCUCCCGAUAAAAAUAUCGAAACAGAAAGCACAAAUAAAAGUGAUCCGUUGGAUGUACGCCUCGGAGAAUUAUUUGACAAAGAAUUGUACCAGAUAAACAGAACAUUCGGAAAAUCAGCCGAGAAAAUACAAAUAAUCUAUGACACGCCUUCAUCUCCAAACAGAGCUUGGACAAAAAAAGAGAACAAUAUACUCUUUAAGUCCGUAAAGGAACUUGGGGAUGAUUGGGCCAAAAUAUUAGAGAGAUUACCCGGACAAACAUUAGCAUCCGCAAAAAGUCGUUACGGUGAUAAAGUUUGGACAUUAGAAGAAAUCACCGCAUUCGAUGAAGCCUUUUCAAAACACGGAGAAGACUGGGCAAAGAUAGGUGAAAAUAUCCCUACGAAAACCGCUGGGCAGUGUUGGUCAUAUUGGCGUCGAUCCACCGGUGCAGAUUUACCAUUACCAAAUGAAUUGGAGAAUAGUUCAGCCAAACCUCACCGGGUGUACAUUUCAAUUCAAUUUCUCGAAGAACUACCUAUAGAAUUACAGUUCAUUCGACAUCACAAAUGGGAAAUUUUUACCCGAGAAAAUGCUACAAUCAUUUCUACUAAAUUGAAUAAUCCGAUCGUAUCUGCCGAGGAAAAAGGAAAGUCAGAGGAAAAUGAUCAAAACACAUUAUAUAUAACUAAAGAAAGUGUCAAGCCUGUAGAUGAAAAUAAAAUAUACAAUAAAACGGAAAAUAUCUUAGUGUUUAGUAAUGAAAAAGAAAAGGAACAAGAGAACUCAGAUCUGAAAGGGGAAGAUAAUGACUUGGAUCUUAGAAGCGACGAGGAUUUAGAGCUAAAGGGAGAACAUGAUUUGGGCACGAUAAUCUCGAAUUGA